CUGUUUUUUAAAGAACGGCCAUUUUGACGCGACAUCGCUCAACGAACGCUUUCGCUUAAAACGAAACGGAAAAGAGACGCUUUAUUUGUAAAAUGUCGAGAAGGAUUCAUCCCGCAUUUCAGAGUAAAACAGUGGUAAAAUUGGAGUGUAAAUAUUGCGAGAGAAGCAUUUGUGCCCGCGGGAUGAGAGCACUUCUGCUGGCCGACACGAAAGUAGAGUUGUACUCGACGGAUUUACCUCCUGAAAAGUGAGCAAAGUGUAUUUUGACGCGGAAAAAUUACGUCUCUCCUAUCCUUUGUAGCUUUGUUGCAUUACUUAACGCUGUUUCAUAUUUUUUCCAGCUCCAUUCAGUUAAUAGGAACAGAUUACUCCACACAAAACUGUGAAUGUCGGAUCAAAGAUGUUGCCUGUCUCGGGUGGUAAGUGUUGACUGGUUUUCACGCUGAAUUGGCUUUACAUUUAUUGAGCACAUCCCUGGUUUUUGUUAUGUUCUCUAAAUAGAGUAUUUUUGUUUGUACCAGUGGAAAUGUCGUUGGAUAUCAUGUAACACUUCCAUGCCAGUCUUGCAUUCGAUCCUGCAAUAACGGCCAUUUUUGGAUGUUUCACUCCAAUGCGGUUCAUCCCCUGGAAAGACUCGAUCAAACAGGUAUGGAAACGAAAGCAUCGAUACGGAAAGCUUCCGUUAACUUUUCUCUACAUAAGGAUGUUAUUUAAAAGUUAUGUUACUCAAACACGUGGAACACCCAUCUCAAACAGCUGAUGUCUAGCAAAAGGUGUUCCAACUGGUUUUGUUAUGGAUUAAAAUUUGUUUGCUUUAAUUUGAAAUGUUAGCAAAAUCCAUUAAAUGAUGUGGCUUGAUUGCAGCUCUUUCCUUUGACGUCAAUUCUGUUUUCGAAUAUGGCCUUUCGUUUGUUCGAAUAAUUUGUAUUGAGGCUUUCCAAACAAUUUUCACUUUCGAGGAACAAAAAUAAAUAUUAGCAAAAACAAUGUUAACCCGUGACUGUUACCUCCCGUGGUCAUCCAUUGUCAUCUGCAGACAAUUGAAACUCAAAGAUAAAAUUUAAAACAUUUGAAUAUUUUCGGAAAAGUAACUUUUUCACAAUACUUUGAAGGCUGCUUCAUGUUGUUUGUUCAUGCAAUGCGUCACUUAAUGUCUCGGUAAUGUUGUGGACAGUUAAGGAAUUUUUUUAGUGUGAAAGGUCGUGAUCUAAUGGGCAGAAAUUGAUAGAAUUUCUCUGAUGAAUAAAACUAAGAUUUUGUAGCAUGUUAUCAUUUUGGUUUACAUGCCUCAAAACUAUCCUUUACAAUUGAAGGUCUACAAGACAUCAAUUAAGUCCUGGGAUAACAGUUUCCACUCGAUAAGUUUGAGUAUUCUCAUCACCUCUUGUUGGAUAAUUUAUUGAUAGUAAAUAAGGAGAAGUUACAUGUUAUUCACUUCUGGAAGUGAAAGGGUUAGACACAUAUGAACCCCAUGGAGUGUUUUGCCUAAGAACAGAACACAAUAACCCAUCUAGGACUGAAACCCUGAUCCUAAAUUCAGCAUGCUGACUGCAAGGUCACUUUAUCUUUCAUCAUACAAUUAGACAUUGUUGGUUGAAGUCAUGAUUGAAGUUUAUUUCUUUCUUGUAGGAGUUCAGAUCAUGCUCUGGGGAUCUCUCCCCAACUGCAAAGAAGACCAGGAAAUGAGUGAUGACGACCUCAUGAUGGAGGAGUGCUUGAGAUGAAUUUAUAGAAAUUGAGUAUUUUAUAAAAUGUAACUAACAGAAAAGUAAUAUUUAUAUCUCAUAGGAGACAAAAUCAGUGUAAAUAUGGUUAUGUUGUAUAGUGACAGUGAUAUACUUCAGUUGCACGAAUUCUUGCACGGUGAUAUCAGUAAAGAGCAUUUUCAAUUGUUAUCUUGUAAGAUCCCUGUGCACAUUGCAAGAGCUGAUCUAGCAAUGAUUCAAACAUUUAUUUCUAAGAAUAAUGCUGUUACAAUUUGGCUACUAGACGUGAUCUGCCAUUCAUGAAAGUUCAUGUGAUUGUCCAUGUGACAUGAAAAUAUCACGACCGUAGGUCCACGUCUAUCAGUUGUGUAAUUUGCCACAAUUUUAAAAAUCACCCACUACUUAUGGCAGGGUGACAGAUUUUGGAAAGGUAGCUUUUGUAAUAUGGUGAAAAUGAUGAGAAAUGCAAGGAGCUCAAAAUGCUAUCAUUAACAAACCUAAAUAAGCUGUUGGCAGUUUUAUUUUACCUGUCUUUCAGGCAAUGUAAUUUGAUUCAUAAUUGAAGUGAGUUGGUGAAUCCCAAAAUGUCAGAUUUAUUUGACUGAAUUCACUUGUGUUUAUUUUGCUGCUGUUUAAUUGUUGGUUUGAUUUAAUGUUAAAGAUGGUGAUUAAACAUAAAAACUCAUUUCUUCGUCUUAAGAAUUUUAGUCAGUCUUUGUAGCUGUUGUGAUGUCCAAGGAAUUUAAGCAUUUCUUUAGAUGCAAAAAAGGUUUAUUUUAAGAUUUAAUGACUUUGACAUUCACCACUUGUUUCUGGAAGUUUAUUUAAGUUUGAGAUCAGGCUGAGAUGUCAUAACAUAUACAUUUAAGGUUUGGUCUGUGCAUUUGAUAAAUAAGGUCACUGGUUGAUUUGAAACAUGCACAGUUUCAUUAUUACGCAUGCUAAAGAGUGAAUAUUUUCUUAGAACAUUAACAGAUUUUUUCACAAAUGAUUAGUUAUUUGAAAAUCCCAACUCAUUUGUGGUUGGUUUAAGUACGGGUUAUUAAAUUUACUCUUUUGUUAUGAGAAAAGCAAACAAGUUUGUAGUUAGUUGUACUUAGGAAGUAACUGACUAUUGACC